CUUACCCGGAUAAUCCGUUCCCCGUAUAUAACGAAUGCCGACUCUCGACAGUCCCGCUGAACGUCGUCUGUUCGAAGACGUUGCUGGCGUUUCGGGGAAGAGGUGCAUCAAACACGGCAGCUCCGUAUCUAACGAAGUCACGACGCGUACCGACUGUCGUCAUUUCGACGGUCCCGCUGAACGUCGUCUCUUCGAAGACGUUGCUGGCGUUUCGGGGAACAGGUGCAUCAAACACGGCAGCUCUUCGACGGUCGCAGACUGGCAAACGACUGUGUGCGUAUUUUUUCGAGACCCGGAUAUCAGCAAGAAUAUCUUCCUUUUCCCGACGUCGCCGGCAAUAGACGACACGCUCGGCGCGUACCGUCCGACGUCGGGAACGGGCAGUCUAAAUUCGGUGGAGACACGAUGCGCCGUUCCGGAGAUAUUCGCGCGCGAGCGGAAGCGAGCGCGAUCGGCGGGAAACGGCGUCGUCGUGGGAGAAGUCAGGAAGACGACCGCGGUCUGACUUUCGACCUGAAUGAAUUCGGCGUGCGCGAGCGAAAUUCGGCCGAGAUCGGACUCGCCGUCUUCGAGAGACGCUCGUACGUACGGGCACACAGACAGACAGA